CUCGCCCUGACGACUCAUAUUUUCCUCCAAAUGAGCAUCCACAUCCAAUAUGUCCAAUAUGGUUCCGUAUUCAUUUCCCGACUUACCGUAGUGGUCCAACGGCUUCGCACAGAAAAGGAUUGUCGAUAGCUGCCGGUUUUGUGACCGAUCAUCUUUAAUAUGGCAAGAUCGCAGGAGCCGCUUGGGUAAUGAGAACGAAAUUCAGAUUAACCCAGUCCUGAUAUACACGUCUUCAAGGAAGCCUGUUUACAUCCACGGCGCCAAGAACCCUGUAGCAUCCUUCCAAGUCCCCACGUCACUGCUGGACUUUUCCUGUCCUGGGUUCCUCCGUCAUGUCAAGCCCUAGCAGCAGCCCAGAGAGAGAGGGAGGGAUGGCAGGUUCUGUUCAGCUGGAGGACCUCAACUCGCCUCCUGGUCUGGAAACUGACCCUCCUUUAGCUGGCAGCCCAGUGCUCAGUCCGGAUUCCAGUUCCCAUGAUGCUGCGCUCUCUGCCCCGGCGGCCUCCCCGGCUGACUCAGAGAACCUCAGUCCAGAUGAGCUCGAGCUUCUGGCUAAACUGGAGGAACAGAACAGGUUGCUAGAAGCAGAUUCCAAAUCCAUGCGCUCAAUGAGUGGAUCUCGGAGGAAUAGUGGCUCCUCUCUGGUGUCAAGCUCCUCGGCAUCUUCUAACCUGUCCCAUCUGGAAGAAGACACUUGGAUCCUGUGGGGACGGAUUGUCAAUGAGUGGGACGAGUGGAGACGAAAGAAAGACAAACUUCUGAAGGAGCUAAUAAGGAAAGGCAUUCCUCAUCAUUUCCGAGCAAUCGUUUGGCAGUUAUUAUGUAAUGCCACUGACAUGCCAGUAAAGAAUCAGUACUCUGAACUCUUAAAGAUGUCCUCACCCUGUGAAAAACUCAUACGCAGAGAUAUUGCCCGCACAUAUCCAGAGCACGACUUCUUCAAAGGCCAGGACAGCCUGGGACAGGAAGUUCUGUUUAAUGUCAUGAAGGCAUAUUCUCUUGUGGAUCGUGAGGUUGGUUAUUGUCAGGGCAGUGCCUUCAUCGUAGGAUUGCUACUUAUGCAGAUGCCGGAGGAGGAGGCCUUCUGUGUGUUUGUCAGACUAAUGCAGGAGUACAGGCUUAGAGAGUUGUUUAAACCCAGCAUGGCUGAGCUGGGUCUGUGCAUCUACCAGUUUGAACACUUGCUACAGGAACAGUUGCCGGAGCUGAACGUUCAUUUCCGCUCUCAGAGUUUCCAUACGUCUAUGUAUGCCUCGUCCUGGUUUCUUACACUCUUCCUCACCUUCCUGCCCCUGCCAAUAGCUACACGUAUCUUUGACAUCUUUAUGUAUGAGGGUUUGGAGAUCAUAUUCCGAGUUGGAAUAGCAAUAUUGCAGUACAACCAGACAGACCUCAUACAGCUAGACAUGGAGGGAAUGUCACAGCACUUUCAGAAGGUGAUUCCGCAUCAGUUUGAUAGCUGCCCGGAUAAGCUGAUCCUACGGGCUUAUCAAGUCAAAUACAAUCCCAAAAGAAUGAAAAAGUUAGAAAAGGAAUAUACCACUAUUAAGAACAAAGAGAUGGAGGAACAGAUUGAAAUUAAGAGACUACGUACAGAAAAUAGACUACUGAAGCAGAGGAUUGAGACACUGGAAAAAGAGAGUGCUGCAUUAGCAGACAGGUUGAUUCAGGGUCAGGUUACACGAGCCCAGGAGGCAGAGGAGAACUAUGUUAUUAAGCGUGAACUGGCUGUGGUUCGGCAGCAGUGUAACACAGCCAGUGAGAGUCUGGAGAAGGCGCAGGACACCAUACGUGAACUUCAACAACACAAGUAUACAGAGGAGUUUGUGAGUGGGCUGCAGACUCAGUUGGAACAGUCUCGUCUACAGGAGGCAGAACUACUUGGUGCUCUGAAAGAAAUGCAGGACAAAGUACUCGAUCUGGAAAAGAGGAACAGCUCUCUGCCUGAUGAAAUCAAUGUAGCUCAGCUGCAGGAGGAGCUGAAGCUUGUGAAACUGAGAGAGCAGGAGACUCUGCGCUCCUUCAGAGAGAUGCAAGAGGCUGUUACUGAUCUCAACCACUGCUGGCAGCAUCAUACAUCUCGUGGAGGAGGAGGAGGCCACUGGAAAGAAUCUCCUAAAAAGAAUGCGAUGAAUGAGCUACAGGACAAACUGAUGAGUUUGAGACUGCGAGAGGCUCAGGGUCAAGCUGAACUCAAAGAGGUCAAACUUAAAAACCUGCAGCUUGAAAGCCAGAACCAGAUCAACUGUAAACUAGUUGUCAGACAUGAGCAAGAGAGCGCCAGCCUGCAGGAGAGACUGCAGAAUGCUCUUUCUCACAACAAAACACUACAAAGCCAGCUCAACGAAAUGAAGAGAAAGAUGGCGGAGUCUGACUGCAAGAGCAAAGAAGAGGUGAUGGCGGUCCGUCUAAGAGAAGCUGACUGCAUGGCCGCUAUGGCUGAACUCCGACAAAAGAUAGCCGAGCUAGAAAUACAGAAAGAGGAAGGAUUGAUCCAAGGCCAGCUGAAUCACUCAGACUCCAGACAGUAUAUAACUCAACUGAGAGAGCAGAUCGCUGAACUCAAGAACGAGAUCAGGCAGCUGCGUGGACAACCCUCCAAGUUCCAGAAUACCAGUGGUGGCGUUUAUCAGGACCUAUGUUUGGAAAGCCCAGCGUCUGCAGAAGGUGAUUACCUCAGUUCAGACGAGGACCCUCUUCAGAACCUGCCUGUGAGCUCCCUGUACCCGCACCACUCUUCACCUCAUCUGGACAGUCAAGGCAGCACGGACAGCGACGGCGAGGAAAGGAACCCCAUUCAAACUACCUGCCAAGACCCUCUGCUUAACCAGCAGCAGCUUUACCCGGGCAUGGUGUGCACCGAAGGACUUGAGAACUGAGUUUGCUUGAAAUGGUGAGACGGGACGGACGGAAUCCUUUAGGAAUAGACUGCACAAAAUGCACACAUAUAUAGCGAGAGCGAGAGAUUAUGUACAUUCACCCAGAAGCUGUCAGAGGUAGGGCAGGAAACCGAUGCAUAGCGUGACACUCUCAUAGCAUACUUCGCCCUCACUCGAACUGUGUCCGAAACUUGAAAAAAGGCGCCUUUGCUAAGGCACAUCCAAAUCCAGCAUUUGCCUUCCAUCUGUUUGACUUAUAAUAUCUCCACAAUCUUGAGCGUUCAGUUUGGCGGUUAGUGAUAAAAUGACAUCUGAUGAAGAGAUUAGAAAUACAAGAAUACAUAAAUACCUGUUUUUUAAAACUUAAGUUUACAUUCUACACAAAAAUUACAUUGUAGUCACUAAAUAUUUGAUUUGACUUGACAGCUGCUUUCAAAUUCGGACACAGCCUCUAUGUCUCUCUCUCUCUCUCUCUCUUAUACUUUCUCUUUGUCUUUUUGUCAGUGUGUCUGUUGCACAGUUCUUAAACGUAUUGUAUUUCUUCCCAGGACUAAAUUUGGAGUUCUGUGUUACAAAACACAUAGAGAAGUCAAACUGUCCUCUUCUCAGAGUGCCAGAAAGUUUGGUCAUUUUUGCCAUUUUCUCCUUUCAGAAAACAGUGUGGCCUUGAAACUACCUCUAAUUUAACCAGACACUCACUCAAUCCCUGUGAGCAUACCAACUUCACCAAUACAACAGCCAUCUGGCUCGAAAUGAGGUGACAGAGGAGAGAAAAAGCAAGCAGGAUACACAUCUUCGGGUACACUAAAAGUUUGCAGCAUUCUAUCAAAUCUUUGGCUUAGGAAAUCAUUGGAUUGUCUUUGUCACACUAAGUAGGCGUCAAACGUAGGGACCAUCUCUACUGUUUCUUUAGAGGAAAGCAGCAGAUUUUGUGCUUUUCUCAACCUGGAUGUUCUUCGUUUUUCUGUCUUGUUCCUGUGGAGGAUGUGUCCUUGUUCCGGUGGAUGUGCACUUUUUAUGUUUAUCUCAAACGCAACAGACACUACAAUCACUUUAAUGAGAGGUGAAGGCUGAAGGAAAGAAAAUAAGAAUGAACAAAGUCUUAUUAUAUAACGUAAUAGGGAUGUUAAUAGUUACAUACAUAGAUGCAUAUUACCGUAGCUCAUCCAUGUAUUUGUGUGUGUUUUAUACAAAACAAAGAAAGGUGAUCAAAAUUUUGGAUGGAGAAAAAUCCAUUGCUUAAGAACUAUUGUGUCAACAUUGCCAAAUGUUUUUUUAUGUUAUUUAUGUUUAUUUCUUUUAUGUUUUUUUAAAUAAUGUUAAUGUACUUCAUGCAUACAGAGGCCAAACUAUUUAAUUUAUACUAUACUUCUGUGCCAAUCCUGAAAAACAGCAUGAAGCUAAAACUACAGGGUCUCCAGAAAAGAGAUUAGUUUAAAAAUGGAUAAAGAACAGUAAAACAACUGCUGCUAUGACAUAUCUAGUUAGUAAUUUUAUUAUUAUUAUGAUUAUUUUUUUUUAUAAUUUUUACUCCCAUGUAAGGUAGAUCUAUAAAGCAAAGAUAAACUGUGAAGUUAUUAUUGACUUGGCGCUUACCAGCAAUGAGUUGCCUAGAUUUGUACACUACAUAAAUACCCUCAAGCAACUAUGUGAUAUUGAUUGCAUUUCACAUUUCAACUGUUAACCAUCUUAAGAAUUUAUCCUGAUUUUUAUGGGUUUGUGCUGAUUCAAAAGCAACUUCCUGAAGCAUUUCUGAAGACUGUAGCUCUUGGUUGUUAAAGAAAGUCUUCAUUUGUAGAGCUAAAGCGUGUUUGCGUUUGACUGAACUACAGAAGGUUUACAAACAAACGUAACUACUCAACUAAAUUACAGUUAAUUCAAACUGUUGCGAGAUUUUGUGUAUAUACAUUAUAUUAUACAAAUAUUUCAUACUUGUAACAGUUUUCUUCCUUUUAAUCGAGUUUGGUCACUUAAAAAAUUUUUACCCACAAUUUCGUAACCUGUCUUGAAGACUUCCAUCUAACUCAGUACUGUCUACGAUGCUGUGUUUGUCUUACCACACAUGGUACAUCAGUGUCAUUGCCUUUCCCCACCACUGCCUCAUUUUGCUAAAGCUCGUCGGUCCUUGCAUUUAUCAGACAUUCUACAUGUUUACAUGACUUUCGGAGAGCGAUACAUUGCCGACAUUUGCACCCUUUACUAGUUAUCGACAAAAACCAGUGAGAAGCUGCUCUCAGUCAUAUCUCUGACAGUAUGAUGCAUUACAAGACAUUGGAGUUUUGGGGAGAAGUAUUUACAGGAUGUGCUGUAUAUGACAUGAAAACCAUUUAAGUGUGUUCAUAAAGCAUAUCUCCUUUUGAGUGGUUGUAAGUUCUCAAGGUAGCCUGGGGUUGCUGUUUUAACAUACCACAGUGUUUUAUUGACUGAAAAUUGUUUUUGUUUUUUUUUUGUCUAAUGAAAAAUUGUUUGUGUGGAAUAGCUUGUGGUAGAGUUGCUAUUUUUCCCUUGAUCAAA